AUGACGAGCGGAUUCAUUGUGAAUUUACCGUUGGAAAUCGCUAUCAAUAUCCUGUCACGGCUCCCUCCUAGAGCAGUUGUUUGUUGCAAGUGUGUUUGCAGAUCAUGGCUUAAGCUACUCGACACUCGCGAGUUUGUCAAGUUACAUCUUUCUAAAUCAGUCCCGGGGAUGGCUGUUGUUCGGUCUUGUGUGUUGACUAACUCGUACGAAAUCUUUGAAUUUGAAGACAAGCUUGAUCUUGAACACCAUCAUCUCCGCUACAGCUCGGUCACCAAGUUUGUUUUCCCUCACGCUUCACGGAUACAUGAUAGGUACUCAGCCGGUUCAGCUAAUGGGUUGCUUUUCCUGACCGGCGACCAACCUUGUCAUCUUUAUGUAUGCAACCCUAUAACACGGCGCUGUAUCAAGCUUCGUCCGUAUCUAGACUCUCUCCACUCGUCAUCUGAUGAAGUCGCGUAUGGAUUUGGAGUGACCAAAACAACUGGACAAUAUAAGGUGGUUAGGAUUGUCUAUGACUAUGAUUUCGGAACAGAGGAUUCGCCUAAUAUUAGGCUUACCAAAUCUCAUUGUGAGGUGUACACUCUUGGAACUCGUACAUGGAGAAGCGUCAUACCCGCUGCCCUGGUUUGUAUGCCUAAAUGUUCUAAUAUGCUCGAGUAUCCCAAUGUAAUUAUGAAGCCUUGUUUACUAUUACGACACAAAGACUGUCUUCAAGAAACGAUGUCGUUGCAACAAGAUGGGAGUUCAUAUUUAUUUUGCCCAUUUGAUUCCAACGACAUCAUUUCAUACACUUUGGAUGCCAUGUCCGGGCUGACAAUUGUAUUUCUAGUGCAGGAAAUUGGUCUAGGAAUAAUUGAAGCUAAAGCAUCUGUGAUUUAUGGAUACAAGAGCCAUGGAGCAUCUGCUCAAGUUUGA